AUGUUUGCGUAUGAACAUCUGACACAUUUUCAGUCCCUAUACCAACCACAACCUUCUAAUUACCAUGAACUUCCUGAGGCACCGCCUGGGGUGGAUGUGUAUUCCACUUCGACCUAUACCGUUAUCGAUGAAUCCACUGCUGAACAAAAAUGGUUCAAAUCAUGGCUCAGGACGCGUAAUAUUACUGACGAGGAUUCAAGAUAUCCUACGCUCAACGUCACGAACCUUCGUAAUAAGAUACUCGAGACAAAAAACGAAUUGCAAAAGCUCAAGGCAAUAUUUACGGAAUUAAAAGGUUCGACCGAAGAAGAAGAGUGGAAAUUAUUAGUCGAAAAUUUUGAAAAAUCUAAAAAAUGGAAUAAAAAGCAUAUUAAGAAAUUACAAGCUGUACGUGAUCAGAGACAACUUCAAAGAGAGACGCUUCACAAAACCAUUGACAAGUGGAGAACCGAGUGGAUCGCCAAGGAGAUAGCCAUGAAAAGGGAACAAUCAAGAAAGGAAGAAGCCGAAAAAAGGGUUCAGGAAGCUGAAGCGAAUAAGAGCAAACACAAGGAACUUUCAAAACUUCUCGAAAAAGUCAAAAGGCUGAGGGAUCUUCGUAGAGAACGCCUGAAACGUGAAGGUCACUUCUUCCCUGAGGAGGACGAUGAAUUCUUUAACAAAAUUGCGUCUUUGAAUGACGCCAUGAAAAUUGAGGAGGAGCGACUCGAUCAAGAGAGAAAUGCAGCUGCGGAACACAAAAGGAACGAAGCGAUGGACGCCGGAAUGAAAGAACGUGCACGCGAGAGAGAUCCUACAUACGAAUAUUGGCACCAAGCUGAAUUCGAUAUUGAUAAUUUGGUUUUAAUAAGGUUUAAAUGA